AUGUCGGCCAUCGACUCCAAGCUUCUCAGCCAACUCGCACCCCGAGACUACGAUGGCAAGGAAGCUCAGGCCGGGCUCUGCUUCGCUGCCAUGGCCAAGCUUUACCAUACGCAGCUGGUAGCUUCGUUGAUCGCGGCCAACCUCGCAUGGAUCAUGGUAUUGAACAAGUUGACGGACGACGCCGCUCGAUGGGCUGGGCCCCACAUCAAUGAUCUCGCCGACGGCAAGGUCGUUUGGUCGAACGUGGAUGCCUUCGAGACGGCCUUCAAGGCCCACUUCUGCGCGGUCGACAACAAGAAGGCCGCACUCUCCGAACUCGUCAAGCUGUGCAAGGCAUCGCACAAGCUGGGCGCAGCCAAGGACUACACAGUGAACUUCAACGCUAUCGCGGCACGCACUCCGCUCUCCGACGAGGACAAGCGGGCGCGCUAUAUGUUUGCUACUCGGAUCGCCCGUAAUAUCAUCUUCUUUCCCCACAAACUUCUACAGGUUAUGAGCCCUGCUCUGCUCUAA